AUGAUUCUAACUUAAAAUAAUAAAUUUUAAAUCGGAGCAGCAGCUCCUACCAUAUAAAAGACUGUAGAUGAUUAUAGAAGGGAUAUAAAGUUGCUUAAGAUAAAAUAUAUCUAGCUAUAAGAAGUAAAUUAAUAGUAAAAACAAAAAUUAGAAUGGUAUAGCACAAAGUUGCGUGCAUUAGAUAGACAAUCAAACAAUAAUUUGUCUAUGCUUGAUGCUAGUUUCUAGGACUAAUCUUAGAAUUAAACAUAAAAUCUAACCAGAAUAGGAUCUUCCAAUAAUUUUAUGGGUGCAGAUUAGCAAAUCAUGGAGCAGUUUUCUAACAGAUGCAAAAUGUAUUUAGGUAUGACUCCAGAAAGUUUAUUUCGUGCAGCUGAUACAAAGUAUGAAGGAGUGAUAAAAGAUGUUAUGUUUAAAUAAUUUUUAUCAAAUUCAAAGCUAAACAUGAAAUCCCAGCACAUUUAGAGAAUAAUUCAAUUAUGUGAUUAAGAAUGUACAGGUAAAAUUACUAAGCAAGGAUAUUAUGAUUGUCUUUAGGCAUUUUAGAUCAACUAAGAAUCAAUGGUAGAGUAAAUUCUAGGGGAGAACUAACAAGAAAAAAGAACUUACAAUCAAAGAAGCUUCUAUAAAUUUUGUGAAAAUCUAAUUUAAUAGCUGAUCUCCCCUUAUAUGUGCUAUAAACACAUAGAUUACAAUAAUGAAGGAUUUAUUUAAUAUGAACAAUUUUAUGGAUUUACAGCUAAAUUUAUGAAAAAUAUAAAUGACACUGAGAUUAUUGGCAUUUAUACUUAUCUAGAUAUUGAAAAAAGCUAAUAAAUUAGCAAGGAUUAUUUCAUAGUUUAGACUAAAAAAAUGAUGAGAAUAGUUUCUAAUGAUAAGAAUAUAAAUAUCAACAAUUUUAUAGAUUUAAAACCUUCUAAUGAUAAAGGAGCAGUAAAUGGUAAAGGAAGCUCUUAGAAUGGAAAAGAAAAUGAACAAAAUGAAAACAUUAAUAAUAGUAAUCAUGGUAAUUGUGAUCAUACUAAAGGAUAAGACUAAUUUCAUCCAAAUAAAAUUGAUUUAAGUUAAACUCAAGAAGUUGAUUUGAAAUAACUUAUUGCAAAAUUUGUUAAUUCAUACAAAAUAAAUAUUCCAAAUUUCGUUAGAAUUAUAGCAGAUAAUAUGUCAGAUUUAAGAGCUGGAAUUUUACUUUAAGACAUUUUCAAUAGCUUUAAAAAGAUCAAAAAUUAUAAAAAAGUUUCUAAUGGAGACAAACUUCUGUUUUUUAAAGGCUUGGAUACAGGCAAAAAUGGUUCUAUCGACUACGAGGAAUUAAUUAAAUUUUAUUGUAAAUUUAAAUAACCUGAUUGGUCUGUUGAUAUAAUUUUUUAUUUAUUUGCUAGAAUUUUGUUAGUUAUUGAAAUUGAUGCUGAACAGUAUUUUAGAUAUUAAGGCUUUACAUCUUAGUAAGUUCUAAAAAAAUAAGAAUUUAUCAAAUUUGCAAAAUAAAUAUUUUGGAUCGAGGAAUCUGACGUAGCAGUAGAGCUUUUCCAAUUUUUAGAUAAAGAAUAGAGAAAUGAUAUUUAUCUAUCUGCCUUAAUAGACCAAGUAGAUUUUGAAAUAUCAGAACAAAAAAGAUUAUUUUUUGGAAUUGAUAAUGAACUUAAUUCAACAACUAAAUCAAUUUCAUCAACUAAAAGAGCAAAUGUAAAGGAUAUUACUGAGUUAGAGAGUUUCAAGGAAAUGGAAUAAAAUUAAAAGUUAAUACAUAUCAAAAAAACGGCUCUUUCUGAUGCUAAUGUAAGUCUAUAAUAGAUUUAAAGCAUUGUAAACUCUUUGAAACCAACUCUUACUGACAAUGAUUUCUUCUUAAAGCACGAAAUUGAUGAAAAUAAGUAAGUUAUUAAAACAAAAUGGGGAACUAUAUUGAAUGAUGAAAUAUCAUGUCUUAAAAAAUGCAUUGAAAUUGUUUCUGAAAUGAAUUAAAAGGGAGAAUAAGUUUGGACAGAUUAAGAAUUUGGUCCUAACGAAUAAUAGGAUCCUUAUGGCUCUAAAUCCAUGUACUUUAGUUCUAAUGAAAUUCCUCCUGGAUGCCCUGAACCUGAAAGUGUUAGAUGGCUAAGAUUAAAUGAGAUUGUUGAUGAGUAUAUUGAGCAUCAUGGAGAUGAGUAUUUAACUGAAGAUGAAAAAAAGGAAUUGCAACAUAUUCACUUUUUGUAUGAAGGUGCAAGCAGUAAUGAUGUUAAAUAAAGUAAGUACUUAGGUGAUUGUUGGUUUAUUAGUGCUUUAAGUAUCGUUUCUGAAUAUAAUGAAUACGUAGAUGGAGAAUUUGAUCCUCAUAAACCUGGAUAAACAGAAGACUAAAAAAUGUUUAUGAUGAGUAGAGGUAUUUAUCCUCCUCUUUUCCAUUUCCUAUCUCAGUACGGUAUUUAUGUCAUGAAAUUUUUUAAGAAUUAUAAAUGGCGUUAUGUUAUUGUUGAUAACAGAUUACCCUGCUUAGAGAAUGGAGAAAUAAUUUAUUCUUAAUGUGCUACUAAAAAUGAAUUUUGGGUUAGCUUAAUUGAGAAAGCUUAUGCUAAGAUACACUCAAGCUAUUAAGCAUUAAAUUCAGGAGACAUGGGAUAAGGCCUUUAAGAUUUAACUGGAAAUCUUUCAAUCAGAAUGAAAUUAGAUAAUUUUAAAUAUUCAAAAGAUGAUAUCGAGUUUGGUAGGUGCCCAGCUACGAUUGAUAUUGGAGAAAAAAUAAAUACAAAAACAACCGAUUUUGAAGAAGUAUGGCAAAAAUUACAAGAUUCCAAAGAAACUUUUUGGAAAAUGCUGAUAGCAUUUAAAGAAAAAGGAUGCUUGAUUGGAUGCAGUGCUGAAGGCGGUACAGAAGCUCUUGUAAAUUUGGAUGGUGAAAAAACAGGAAUAUAUUCAGGACAUGCCUAUUCCAUAAAUUAUUUGAUGCAACUUGAUUACAUUAAUUAGGAAGAGAAAGAAAAUCACAAAAGAGAGAACCCUCAUUAAAACCAUCGUAUAUUAAUUGUCCGCAAUCCAUGGGGAUAUGGUGAAUGGUAGCUAAAAUGGUCUGAAAAUCCAGAUUAUAUUGAUAAAGUAUAACAGUAUAUGCCAAAAAUCAAUAAAUUCUUUGACGAUUAAGAAACAAGAUGUAAAAAGCUAGGAAUAACUCCUCCUGAGAGAUAUGAAAUGGCAGAAGAUGGAAAAUUCUUAAUCUGCUACAAAGAUUGGAGAAGAAUUUUUAAUAAUUUAUUUGUUUGUUUACUUUUUUCUGAUGCUUGGAGUGGUUUUAGAAUUAAAGGAUGUUGGAAUAAAUAAUUUAGUUCAGGAGCACUCAAAAGAUCAGAGCAAAGCUUCAAAGAUUUUGCAUCGAAAAAUCCUUAAUUUAUAAUUGAGCUAAAGAAUAAGUCUGGAAAUAAUGAAAAAAGUAUACCAUUUUUUAUUAAUCUUGCUUAAGAUGAUGGACGCUUAUAUAAUGGAGAAAAGUAUCCUUAUGAAAAAAUACAAUAGAGUAUGAUGUUAUGCUUAUUUGAAUUAAAGAAUGACCAAAAAAAGCUUGAUAAAUAUUCAGAAGAAAAUAUGCUAUAAAAUUCUGGAAAGUAUAGUUAAAGAAGAGAAGUUUAGCUUGAUUCAAGAUGCUUACUUGAAUAUGGAAAAAGAUAUUGUAUAGUACCAUCUAUAAAGAAUGAAAUCACAAACUCAGAAAAUGAGUAGCAUUUUUAUAUAAAUAUUUUUGGUAGAUGUAAAAGUGAAGAUUUAGUAAUCACCAAAGUAAAUCAAGACUUUCAGAUUAAAGAAUUAGGUGUUAAUGCUAUUAGCUAAAUCGAAUAUGAAAAAACUUCUGAGUUUAAGAAUGUAUUAAUUCAAGCUGUAAAUAAAUAACUCCAAUAAAUAAAAAUUUGA